AUGGCCGGCGCGCAGGUGCACACGUGCAAGACCAUCGAUCCCGCGCACGCCAACCACCACGGGGCGCUGAGCGCGGGGCAGCUCCUCAAGUGGGUCGACACCACGGCUUGUUUGGCGGCUGAAAAACAUGCUGGCUUCUCUUGUGUGACAGCAUCAGUGGAUGAUAUACUGUUUGAAGAGACUGCCAGAGUUGGACAAAUUAUCAGCAUCAAUGCGAAAGUAAACCGGGCAUUCACUACCAGUAUGGAGGUUGGUGUCAAAGUUACACUACAAGAUCCCCUAACUAACGUUGAGAAACUGAUUAGUGUGGCUUUCUCUACAUACGUGGCAAGACCAGCAGAUGGUGAAAAGGUUACCUUAAAACCAGUAGAACUUCUUACUGCACAAGAUUUCCUGGAGUACACACUAGCUGCUGAGAGAAGAAAAAUCAGACUAGAUCAUGAACGAGACUUUAAGAACCUGAUGCAAGAAUGUGGUGUGAAUGAUGAACACGUUUGCAGUAAUGAGGAAGAUGCAGUUUCCACAGACCUCACCCACAUACAAAGCAUUGAACUUGUAUUGCCUCCUCAUGCCAAUCAUCAAGGAAAUACAUUUGGUGGCCAAAUUAUGGCUUGGAUGGAGACAGUGGCUGCUAUUUCUGCAAGUCGCCUGGCUCGUUUUCAUCCAACUUUGAAAUCUGUAUACAUGUUUAAAUUCCGGGGACCUUCGACUGUGGGUGACCGCCUUGUUUUCAAUGCUAUAGUGAACAAUACUUUUCAGAAAAGUGUUGAGGUCGGAGUUCGUGUUGAGGCCUACAACUGUGAAGAAUGGGCCAAAGGCCACGCAAGACAUAUCAACAGUGCUUUUUUCAUUUUUAAUGCUAUAAAAGGAAAUGGAGAGCUUUUUACGUUCCCCCAAGUCAAGCCUACUACAAAGGAUGGUUUAAGAAGGUAUCACGAAGCUAUUGCACGCAAGAAGAUUCGAUUCCCCAGGAAAUGUGUUCUCUUGAGGAAGGAAGCUGAUUACAUCCCUGAUCCCUGGGACCAAACCAACCAGGAAAACAUAAUCAACAGCAAUAUUGCAGCAUUGACUAUAAUGGCAGCAAAACCUGGAUGGGAAGUAACCAGCACUCUAGACCGUAUUAAAAUAUUCACUCUAGAGGAAGAUGCUUUGGCAAUCAAGGUUGAAAUGCAAGUACAAAUACCCUCAGAACUAGCCUUUUCCCUUCUAUCUGACUUCACACUCCAGACGCAUUGGGACAAAUAUUACUUAACGUCUAGAAUUGUGCAGAGUGUAACAGAAGAUGACAAAAUAUAUCACAUUACAUCCCCAUUGGUUAGUGGAAAUAAGUCUAAUGAUUUUUUAAUUCUUGUAUCUCGAAGAAAACCCCGCAAGACUGGUGAUCCUUUCAUAAUAGCUGUGAGGUCAGUUGCCUUGCCCUGUGUUCCACCUUUUAACCAAAACCACUGCAGAAGUCAAAUCCAGUGUGCAGGAUUCUUGAUCUACAGCAACGGCAACAAUUCUUUGGUCUCCUAUUACAACCAGGGCACCCCUGCUGUUACAUCUUAUUUUGUUGCAAACUUUACUGGCCUGUCCGAAUACACUGAGAAUACAGCUUCUGCAUGCAUCCAGUUCUUGGAGUCCAGAACAGCAACUUCAACGCUACUUCAUUAA